ACUUCAAAUUUAAAAACCGGUAAACAGCUAUAAACAUAGAUUAUACACUUAAUAUAUUAUACACUUAAUAUAUUAGGCUAUAAAUUUAAUACACUUAUUAAGAGCUGGAGUAACUUUUAAUUACUUCUAAUUAGAGCUACUUCCAAGUUUCAAAAUAUAAAAAAAAAUCAAAACAAAGAACAUAGAUGUCUUGCUACGUUUACCGAGGAUUUAGAUAAAGUUCCAGGAUGCAUAUAAUCGGAAGCUUAAUACAGCAUAAAUCCUACACUAAAAGUUAAUUGUAUUUAUUUCAAUUUAUUGCCUUUUAAUGUUAUAUUGUCUAAUAGUUAGCAAAAGUACAUAAUGUUUAUUUACAUGAGUAAAAAGAUAGCCAUCCCAAAGCAGUCAAAAGUUUCUUGCAUAUCAUGGAAUCAUUCAUCGGGAUAUAUUGCAGUUGGUGGAGAAGAAGGGAUGUUAAAAGUUUUAAAAUUGGAAUCGGGUGGUGGAGGAAAUUUGUCAAUGAAUUUGAGUCUCGAGGGUCACACUGGCCAAAUAUGUGUGGCAAUAUGGAAUGAAGUUUUCCAGAAACUAACAACUAGUGAUGAACAUGGUGUCAUUAUUGUAUGGAUGCUAUACAAGGGAUCUUGGUAUGAAGAAAUGAUAAAUAAUAGAAAUAAAUCAACUGUUUCCAGUAUGUGUUGGGGUUCGGAUGGACAAAAAAUUUGCAUUGCUUAUGAAGAUGGAGCCGUAAUUGUUGGUUCUGUAGAUGGAUCUCGAGUGUGGGGUAAAGAUAUAAAAGGACCAGGCUUGGCUGCUGUUCAAUGGUCUCCGGAUAAUUCAAGUCUACUUUUUGCAUUAAGUAAUGGGGAACUGCAUUUAUAUGACGACCAAGGAAACUUUAUGAUGCCAGUAGCUGUGAAUGGCAUUAAUGGACCUAUGGAAGUAACUACCAUGGAUUGGUUUGCUGGCACGGCUCCACGCAAUAGACCUGUUUUAGCAGUUUGCUACCGUGGAGGUAUGCUGUUACUCAUGAAGAAUUGCAUUGAAGAAGAUAGUAUUCUAAUAGAUACGAAUAUGACGACAAUUGAUUGUCAUUGGAAUCACAUUGGUACAGUACUAGCUGUAGCAGGUCACACUAGCGAUAAUACAAAUGUAGUGCAAUUUUUUACUGCGUAUGGGGAGCAUAUAAGAACGUUACGGGUACCAGGUGGUACAAUGAGAGCACUGUCGUGGGAGAAGCGCUCGCUGCGACUCGCUAUAGCGGUAGAUUCGUUCAUAUAUUUUGCAAAUGUGAGACCGGAUCACAAAUACGCCUUCUACGGAAAUACGUUAGCUUUCAUAUCUGGCGCUGAAACUGUUACUUUUUGGGACACUGUAACUAACCAGUCUUGGGUGAAUCAUAUACCUGACGUUAUAGACAUGUAUGGAGCAGAGGAGUAUUGUAUAAUUGCAACAGUAAAUACGCUUAUAAUAUCGAAUCAACAGGGAAUCCAGUGUGACGCUAAAACAGUAAACGUAUCCAUGACUUAUGUUACAAUCAAUAGCAAAGCUAUUGCAGUUGCAGCGUCGAAAGAAUCCUUCAUGGUAUGGAAAUUUUCAACUCCGUCUCGAUCAUUGACUUCAGAACAGCUGUUCCAUCCCGACGGUAGUUUAUUAACAGCUAACGGUACCGCGUUUCAAGACGACACGAUAUGUUGUCUCGCGUGCUCCGACAGUCAUCUACUGAUCGGUCGAGAUUCCGGUACGAUACUGCUGUUCUCUUUACUAAGCUUCAAAAGAAUCACGUCGAUCAACAUAAAUUCGAGACCGUAUAAAAUGAGCUUGAACUCUAAUUCAAGUAAGUUUCUAGUUAUCGAUCAGCCGGGAUGUCUACAUAUUUUGGACACUGAUAUGUCAAAUAAUAUAAGCGUCGGUCAAGCGUUGCGCAAGGACGUGUGGAGCGCGAUGUGGGCCACGGACAACCCUCACAUGCUGGCUGCGGCUGAGAAGGCGCGACUCUACGUCAUGCGGGAUAAUGAACCCGAGGAGCCGCUCGUCAUGCAGGGAUAUCUAUGUAAAUUUAAGGAACUGGAAAUAACUACAGCAUUAUUGGAUAACUUGUCAGACAAAUGUUCACCACAACACAUAGUACGUGUCGAAGUGAAAUCGCUCAGAGACACGAGGCAGCUCAUUGAAAAAGUCGGAUUGAAAGAAGCGGAAAAUUUUAUAAAAGAUAAUCCCCAUCCGCAAUUAUGGUUACUGCUCGCUGAAGCGGCCUUGAGGAAAUUUGAAUCUGAGAACGCAGUCGAAACGGCCGAAGCUGCGUUUGUUAGGCGAAAUGAUUACGCAGGAAUUAAAUUUGUAUCGCGACUGAAUGCACUACAUUCCAGUGCCCUUAAGAAAGCCGAAAUAAUGGCAUAUUUCAAAGACUUCGAUGCCGCUGAAAAGAUUUAUUUAAAUGAAGACAGACGAGAUUUAGCUAUAGCUUUACGUAAACGUUUGGGACAUUGGUUUCGUGUGGUUGAACUUUUGAAAAUGUCGGCGAACACCACCGAUGCACACAUUAAACAAGCUUACGUCAAUAUUGGGGACUUCUACAUUGAUAGACAAAAUUGGAGCGGUGCUUUGGAAUACUAUAAAAUGUCCAAUAACACAGAAGGAUUGAAGAAAUGUUACAUGGCAUUAGAGGAUAAUGAAUCACUUUCCAAAUUAUUCAUAAGUUCUCCGAGAACCGCAAAGGAUACAAAAUUAAAACAAAAUGACGCUGAACUCUUGGACAGUAAAAUAAAUGAGCAGCCCUCCAUACAGUAUAUAAUACAACUUAAAGAGAGUGGUCGAACUAUUCAGGCUGCUAAUAUGGCGUUUCAGUUGGCUAAUGUCGAAGCUUCAAAAAAUGCAUCACCUCUGCGAAUAAAGAAGCUAUACAUACUGGCGGGUCACUUGUACAAUCAAAACCCAGGAGCGGCAGGGUGCACGGGAGCGGAGUGGUGGCGGCGUGGGGCGGCGCAGCACUGGCUGGCGACAGCCGCCUCCCCGAUGCGCCCCGACGCCGCCCUGCGCGCCGCCGCCCGCCUGCACGCGCUACUACCGGCGCUGCACCCCGCACAACAUCGCGCUGCCUGGUGCACAAUAGCCUCAAUAGCUAUUCAAAAUCGAGCAUUCGACCUGGCUUCUAAGGCGUUCAUUAAACUCGAAGCGAUGGACCCUGCUGUGUUCGAGAAUCUGGCAGUGGAAAUAUUUACGAGGUGCAGACCUAAAGAUGCAAAAGGAAACAGAAUCGAGUGUCCGAAUUGUGAAGGUUCAAUGCCGGAGUGGGUAUCGUCGUGUCCGCGGUGUUCGUGGCAGCUGGAGACGUGCGCAGUGUCAGGUCGGAGUCUGCACGGCUCGCACACGCUGUGGUGUUGCCGCGUGUGUGACGCGCGCGCUCCCAGACACGAGCUCGUCCUGAGGCACUCUUGUCCCUUGUGUCACGCAGAGCUCGCCUGAACAGAACACAGGCUUGCAACAGUACUCAACGGUAGGCAGAGACCAGAAAAGGGCAGCGGCGGCCAUUAAAAAAAAAAACUGAUAUCUAUGAGACUCCCGAAAUAAGUAUUUUUCUUAAUCUCGCUUAUGUAAAGACCAGUAAUGGUCUAUUUAAAAAUAUUUUAUGAUUUCUUCUUAUUGAUAAGUUAUAUAAUUUGUUAAUGUUAAGACACAUCUUAAUGAUCUCUCAACUACAUUUCCGUACACGGCGUGAAUAACUUGACAAGUCGACUAAUAUCAAAUUUUAAGUUAUAGCAGAAUUGUCGUCCAGAUUACUUGUUUUAUAUGGGGAAUAAAUGAGUAACUCGAUUCUCUCACGUAUUUUUGGGAUAUCGUACUUGUGAAUUACUAAACAACUCUGUUUCCAACGAGAACAUGAUGACAUUUAGAUAUAUCUAAACAUAUUAAUGUUAUUUAUUUAAAUAACUCAACACGUUAAGUUAUUUACGCCACAUAAUUAAAUGAACUAACAGAAUACCUGUAGAUGGUCAAUUAUUCACAUAGCCCAUAAUUGUGUUCGCGACUAUACAUAUCCGGUUGUCAAGUUAUUACCGGCAAGAAAAAGCAUAUGAUCUUCAGCAGUUCUUACCCACCCCCUAUCUUAAAACUUCUGUUUCUUUUUAUAAAAGAUCGCUAUGGUCCUAUAAUCUGACAAUCCAUGAUUUAGCAACUAAUAAGGCUACAUGUUACAUGUAGGACGAAACCAUCGGUGCUCGUUAAAUCGCGUCGUGUCUGUGGCAUUUUCUUCAGAAUUGACCUUCAAAAGAUAAACAGGUCACAUUUUAUUCAGAUACAUGUAGAGGCCAAAACAAAAAUAAUACGGGUGCAAUGAUGUUCAUGUAUUUACUUCAUGUAUAUCCAACGCUAGAAACUAUUAAUCACAAGUUUCUUGGAUUGUGAUUCACAUGGAGUGUGAUUUGGAUCAUGCCUUGAUUGAGAGAACCAAACAGAAAACGCAACUUAAAAUUAACUACCUAUUUUAAUGACUGGGUGCAACUCAUAAGAUCUUGUAAGAUUAAUAACGCAUAUGCCGUUGUACCAUAUAAGUGCGAAAAUUUCCUAAAUUAAGUUCGAAAAAAGAGCCAUUCACGAUUUAAAAAAAAGACAGAUCCGAAGAUAAAUUCUUGCGGCAGCCUGUAAAAUGGCUGCAAUACAAAAAACCUAUUGGAGAAAUACGUUUCAAGAUAGAUUUGACAGUGAAAGCUCUUUUAAGGUAAUCAACUUUCAGAAAAGGAGCAAAUAUAAUAAUAAUAUAGACAACGUCCAGAUAGAAGCUAUCGCCAAAGACAUCUUGCCAAUAAGUAGAGAAAAGAGAAGAUUUUGGUGGAUUUAUUACCUUUAAUAGACACAGCAUUUCACGAUUUUUAUAAAAACAUAAAGACUGACAGCCCACCAAAAAAUGCCACGACUUAGAUACUAAAGACUCUGAUUUAGAGGGAAACGGAGAAGAACAGUAAAGAAUAAUAGAAUAGUAAUUCCAGAACCAGAAUAAUUUCGGUUUCUUUUAAUUAAUAAAAAAUAUAAUUAAGUACAAGUUUUGGGUUUUAGUUUGAUCAAUUCAAAUGGCUUAUUAUUACAUCAUCAUUAUCCUGCCCUUCUCCCAGUCACCUGGGGUCGGCGCAACUUGUUUUCUCCUUCCAUACUCCUCUAUCAUAUACCAUUUCUUCGCUCACUCCCCUCUUACCCCUAUCGUCUUUUACGCAAUCCAUCCAUUUCAUCUUAGGUCUACCUCUUCCUCUAUAUCCAUCCACAUUUAUAGUUAACACUCUCAUACCAACCUCAUUUACAUUUCGCCUCAGCACAUUUUUUUUUUAAUUGGUUAGAUGGUUGGACGAGCUCACAACCCACCUGGUGUUAAGUGGUUACUGGAGCCCAUAGACAUCUACACCGUAAAUGCGCCACCCACCUUGAGAUAUAAGUUCUAAGGUCUCAGUAUAGUUCUAAGGUCUCACAUGUCCAUACCAUCCCAUCACAUCCCAUCUCACCAUCCAACCACCAUCAAAUAGAUAUUACAUAUUUAUGUUUUUUUUUUUAAAUCUCUUAUGUUAACUAUCUUAUUACUUUUCUCGGAUUUUAAUAAAUUGCUUAGGUGAAUAAAUUAACAAGUCGUCGGUGAACAACUUGAUAUGUCAUUUUUUUCUUUAUUAGUACGUUAAUUUAUUAUUAUACUUACACUGUGUGAAAAUUCCGAUGAAAUUACUUAAAUAAGCAUAAAAAUUAUAAAGAAGGAUAAAUAAAUAGAUUUACCAAUAAUAUGUAAACUUAAAAAUGGCUGCCCUGAAAAGUAUGCAUUUUCGACUUGUCAAUGUAUUCACGCCAUGUACGGAUUUAUCUAUGUCCUCUCGAAUAAGAUUAGUAACAUGUGUGUGUGUGUGAACUUUGAAUCGGUUCUUUUAUUUUUCUUCCUUUCUCUCCCUUAUGAUAUUCUUAUUUGUGAGUAUAUUUAGAGCUUGACUAAAUAUAUAAAAAAAAUACAAA